AUGGCCUCACUGUCGAAAGGAGAUGGUGGUAGAGUAUGGUUGCUCUGGCUCGACGACGCAAUAACCUCGCGGUUUACCGCUCUCCCAUCUCCCGGUACGGGCCCGGGUGGCUAG